CCAGUCCUUCGGCCUACUUUCCCCCGAGGAGCUGGGGGUCUGGCUGCGCGUUCCACCGCCUCGGGAGCCUGCGGAGCCGUGGGUCCGGCCACGGCGGGGGCGGCCGGCCUUCCGCGGGGCCGCGAUGCUGAGCUCCCGGGCCGAGGCGGCGGUGACCGCGGCCGACAGGGCCAUCCAGCGCUUCCUGCGGACCGGGGCGGCCGUCAGAUAUAAAGUCAUGAAGAACUGGGGUGUUAUAGGUGGAAUUGCAGCUGCUCUUGCAGCAGGAAUAUAUGUUAUUUGGGGUCCCAUUACGGAAAGAAAGAAGCGUAGAAAAGGGCUGGUGCCUGGCCUCGUCAACCUCGGGAACACCUGCUUCAUGAACUCCCUGCUGCAGGGCCUGUCGGCCUGCCCCGCCUUCAUCAGGUGGCUGGAGGAGUUCACCAGCCAGUACGCCAGGGAUCAGAUGGAGCCCCCGCCGCACCAGUAUCUCUCGCUCACACUGCUGCACCUCCUGAAAGCUUUAUCCUGCCAAGAAGUUACUGAUGAUGAGGUCUUGGAUGCAAGCUGCUUGCUGGAUGUCUUAAGAAUGUACAGAUGGCAGAUCUCUUCAUUUGAAGAGCAGGAUGCUCAUGAGUUAUUCCACGUCAUUACCUCGUCAUUGGAGGAUGAGCGGGACCGCCAGCCCCGGGUCACACAUUUGUUUGAUGUUCACUCCCUGGAGCAGCAGUCAGAAGCAACUCCCAAGCAGAUAACCUGCCGCACAAGAGGGUCACUGCAUCCCACGUUCACUCACUGGAAGUCUCAGCAUCCUUUCCACGGGAGACUUACUAGUAAUAUGGUCUGCAAGCACUGUGAACACCAGAGUCCUGUUCGAUUUGAUACCUUUGAUAGCCUUUCGCUAAGUAUUCCAGCUGCCACGUGGGGUCAUCCAUUGACCCUGGACCACUGCCUUCACCACUUCAUCUCAUCAGAAUCAGUGCGAGAUGUUGUAUGUGACAACUGUACGAAGAUCGAAGCCAAAGGGACGUUGAACGGGGAGAAGGUGGAGCACCAGAGGACCACUUUUGUUAAACAGUUAAAGCUGGGGAAGCUCCCUCAGUGCUUGUGCAUCCACCUCCAGCGGCUGAGCUGGUCCAGCCACGGCACGCCCCUGAAGCGGCACGAGCACGUGCAGUUUAAUGAGUUCCUGAUGAUGGACAUCUACAAGUACCACCUCCUCGGACAUAAACCUGGUCAGCGUGGCCCGAAACUGAAGGAGAACCCGGGGCCUGUGGUGGAACUGCAGGACGGGCCGGCAGCCCCCAGAUCAGUUCUGAAUCAGCCUGGGGGCCCCAAAACACAAAUUUUUAUGAAUGGCGCCUGCUCCCCGUCUUUACUGCCUACGCUGCCAACCCCGAUGCCCUUCCCCCUCCCAGUUGUUCCUGACUACAGCUCCUCCUCGUACCUCUUCCGGCUGAUGGCAGUUGUCGUCCACCAUGGAGACAUGCACUCUGGACACUUUGUGACUUACCGACGGUCCCCACCUUCCGCCAAGAACCCUCUCUCCACCAGCAGCCAGUGGCUGUGGAUUUCUGAUGACAGCGUGCGCAAGGCGAGCCUGCAGGAGGUCCUGUCCUCCAGCGCCUACCUGCUGUUCUACGAGCGUGUUCUGUCCAGGACGCAGCAGCAGAGUCCGGAGUACAAGUCUGAGGAGUGACCCAGCCCGGCCCCAGAGCUGAGCUGAUGGCGCUGUCCACAUGCGCCAGGAGAAAGGCGGACUCAGACUGUGUGUGUGUGUCUGUGUGUGUGCAACAGCCCCACUAGUGUCCGUUAGCCUUCUGGUGUGUUCUAAGAGCAGGCUCCACACAGGAGCCAGUGGCCCCAAUUCAAACCAAAUCAGGCUCCCUGAACAGCUCUGCUAGCCUGCACUGAAGGUGUCGUGUUAGGAAAGCAUUCAUUGUGUCUACAGCGUCUUUUUACUCGCCCGAUACAGGUAAUUAAAAGAAAUCAGACUCCGGAAGCCACUUUUUUUAUAUUCUAACAUGGUAGGUGUUCUCAGAGGAGAGUUAACUUUGUCUGAUCCUCUGAUGUUUCAGCAUAGAUCUUUUAUUUUUAAUAAGCAGGCCCAUAAAAAUGGUUGACAAGAAUUAGUGAAAUUAUUAAAGGCAACAAUUUAGAAGAAAAAGUGCCUUUCACUUUUGAUUGCUUUUGUAGCACGUCCAUUCUGGAAAAUAUUCCUUAUCGAAGAGUCAUAUAAACAAUUUUUGAAAAGCUCUGUUUCUUCCAAGUUACUCAACGGACAGCAGAAGAACAGUUAGACGCCUAAAGAACAGCUGCCUUCCCUUUUUGUAUGUCUUUUUCUAAUCUUCCAAUUCUUUCUAUGUGCUGAAAGUUCAUCUGCCAAACCUGCCCCUCGGCGAGACCCCUCCCCUCUGUCAGUUAUCAACGACCCGCUUCCCGCUGCGCUUGCCUUUCAUAUACUGGACUCAGAGGUGAGAUCGCAGCACCCCAAAACUGAGCGGCACCCGUGCGACGCUCCGACUCCUCCGUUCCGGAGAAACCCUUUCCUACAGAGAUCACUGGACGGUCAUCCUCAUCUGUUGGUUUAUUGCCACGCAAAGAGAGCGCUCCAGGUUGACAGGUGGAGCUGGGGCUGUGUGAAAAGACAAUCCUUGCCCUGACCCGAGGGCUGGGUGGGCAGGAAGGGGCCAGCCACGGGCUGCGGUCUGUCUGGACCUCACUGUCCUUGUUUCUAAAGCGAAUGGUUAGAUUUGAUUACCAUCAAAGGCCGGCAAAAGAAGACAGAAGUUUCUCUUUUUUUAAACAUAUAACCACAGCUGACAUCUAGUACUGUCAUUUUGUUAGAGGUCCAUGUUCUAAGUGUGUUCGUUUCCGGUAGCCUAAUAACAAGCACUGUCGGCCGCAUGCUGCUCCCUCUUCAGGUAAGACUCAUGAAUGCAGCCCAGGCCCGAAGGAAUUUUUUUUAUUUUUUUGGAAGAGUGGCCCUGAGCUAACAUCGUGCCCAUCUUCCUCUACUUUCUAUGUGGGACGCCUGCCACAGCAUGGCUUGUCAAGCGGUGCCAUGUCCACACCCGGGAUCCGAACACACGGACCCCAGGCCGCCGAAGCAGAACGUGUGAACUUAACCGCUACGCCACCGGGCCGGCCCCAGGGCUGCAGGAAUUUUGAUGACACAAAAGCAUCUAUGUUUUAGAUAGAUUUUUUUAUUUAAAAAUAAUAAAAGGAUAUCACUUUCAAACUGACUCUUCAGAAAUAAGAUUUGGAAUCAGACCUGCCCAAAAGGUCGCCUGAGAUAAAGCUAAGAACUGUGCUUUCUCUGGUGGAGGCGAGCCGGCAGACACUUCUAGACAAUGCCUCGGUGUCAGCCAACAGUGCCAGAGGCCCAGGCGCCCACCAUUCCGCAGGGCCUGUGGUGCAUCCUGAGGACUCGGAACCCUCACUUUCGACAGGACAUACUGGGAAGGUCCUCAGGCUGCGAACACGAGUGGGAAGGGAGCAACUUGAUGCGUCUGAGGGGUUCACGGCCGCCCCCGGCUCUGAUGUUGAAGCGAGCGUGCCGGCUCUACCUGAGCCUGGUGGAGCAAGUGCCCUUAUGCUGCGUCGCAAGGUUGAGGCUUUGAGUGACUGCUGUUUCGCCACUGCCGCCUCGCCACUGCCGCCUCUUGGAAAUCUGCCAUGAGAGAGAGGGCGGCAGAAAGGGGCUAAUCCUUUGAACGGCUCGUUGUAAGCGGAUCUUUGGUCAGAGGCCAGGGUUUGAACCAGGCUCGUAAAUGUGAAUGGCACCUGUGCAAAGUCUCUUACCUGACUUACAGCUGACUUCCUCAUUUUGUAAAUUAUUAGGCAUUAAGGAGCAGCCAAAUAAUCUGAUCUUUAGUUUUAAGUUAUUUACAAAGUAGCAUCAUUUUGCAAAAACUUAAGUUAAACUAGUAGUUUAUGCUAUAACAACUGCUGAUUUCUGUAUUUGCUAAAGGUACUUUUUGUAUCUGCUGUGUAUUAUAGCAAUAAAAGAAUCAUUUUUUAGGAAAAAA